AUGUGCAGAUUAUUGACACAUCAAUUGAUUCUCUCUUAUUACUCAAAUGGGUAUGCAUCGACAGUUAGCUCUGUUAUUGUUUCAAACUUGAAAACUGGUGUCAGAAAAGGAGCAUGGGACAAAGUAGAGGCUGCUGCUGAGAGUCUGCUAAUUACCUCUGAUCUGUCACCAGCAGAUUUAGUAAGGCCAAUAUGGAAUACUUUAAGGAUCUUGCAAAUGCUUAAGAACCAAAGUCCAUGUGAUGAAAAUUCUUACAUGUUUGAAGGACAGUUUAUGGUGAUUGCUUGCGCAGACUCUCGGGUUUGUCCCUCAGUUGUCUUGGGAUUUCAACAUGAGAAGCAUUUGUAAUCCGCAACAUCGUAAAUCUGGUGUCUUCU